AUGGCUAAGUCUAAGAAUCAUACUUCCCACAACCAAAACCGUAAGGAUCACCGUAAUGGAAUUAAAAAACCUCUUAAACAGAGAUACAUCUCUAUGAAAGGUGUUGACCCAAAGUACCUUAAGAACUUACGUUACACUCAAAAGGCUAACCUUAAACUUAAAAUGGAAGCUAAAAAAGCAGGCAAAAAAUAA